AGAAAUGGGCAAUAGUGAAAGCCAAAACGACGAUCUUAUCGAUUUUCUCGUAAAAAACGACACAAUCCGUCGUCGAAACAUCGAACGAGCCUUUCGACUUGUCGAUCGAUCCGAUUUUCUUCCGAUUAGUGAACGGAAAUUUACACGUCUUCCGUCGUUGACCUCCACAGAACCGGGCGGUCCAUUCUAUCCGGGAGCACUUCGUGUUGGAGCAAUUGAUAUUUAUGCGAAAUUAUUCGAUUAUUUGGAUUUGCGUAAAGGACACUCGUUUCUUCAUAUUGGAACUGGUUCAGGGUAUUUAAGUACGAUUGCUGGCAUUUUAUUGGGUGAAACUGGUAUAAAUCAUGGGAUCGAACUCUACGAGAAUCUCGUCACCUACUCGGAAACAUGCAUUGAUCAAUGGAUAACUACACCCGAAGCGAGCUCUGUCGGCUGGGCUCGGCCGGAGCUCAAAGUGUGCGACAUCACCGAUGUCAAAUUUCUUGAAGCUCAUCAAAAUCGAUAUGAUCGAAUUUUUGUCGGAUUCGUUGCCGAUGAUUCUCAGUUGUUGAAACGAAUGCUUGGAAUGUUGAAUGUUGGAGGACAACUCGUCAUGCCACGUAUACAGGGGGUUUGCCGAUACAGAAGAGUUUCCAAGCAUCGUACUGUGUAUGACGUCCCUGGAAGAAUGACAUUUUCUCCAAUGAUCAGGCUUCCGAAGGAGGAACGGAUCUCAACGCCUACGCCUUUCGAAAGUGGUCCCCGCACGUUGACCUACUUGGCGCGUCAGGCACUCCGCCGCGACAUUCGCCGACACGCCUACAAUCCACGUGUCAAUCGUCAGAUUUGCGGAUCAAUAAUGGUGAUGAAAGGUGGAAAUACGUAUAUGGAUCAUGUUCAAAGGCAUCAAGCUGAACAAUUCGAAGAGUUGAAUCGGCGUCGACAACUUUUUGAUCCAAGACCAAUCGACCAACUAACUCCAGCAGACAAUCAAUUGACAGAUCAAAGAACCCGUAAUCACUUGGAUGACGUCAUGGAUCAAUAUUUGGGUCGUAAUAAUAAUCCCAGAGAACAAGAAAACAAUGAACAAAAUAUUCGAAAUACUAUAGCAGAUCAUGUUCGUCGAUGGAAUGAAACAAGAACUGACGUUCUUCAAGAAAUGUUGAAUUGGAGAGAAAUGCAAGGUUUUACAGCGCCCCGAGCACAUUUGGAUGGUGCCAAUCUCAGAAAUACAGCUCCGGCUACUGAAAAUCGAGCAGCACCAGCAUAUGUGCUCGAAUGGACGAUUAAUCAUGAUAGACCCCGCCAUCAUCGCAUACUUUCCUCGAUAGCUCGACCAGAAACUCCAAAUACUCCGAGAAUGGAGAUUGUAAUGAUUCCGAACAUCAAUGAUCCUUCCACCACCGGCCUGGUUGAACGUCCCAAUGGAGAUUUAUCAGAAGAUGAGCAAGAGCUUUCAGAUGCUCUAGAGGAACCUCAGGAAUCACCGUCAACAUCAACAGAAUCCCAAGUAUCGGAAGACGAAGAGCCAUGUUGUUCGACGGACCCUGCUUCAACCACGUCACGUCGCCGACGUAUACGUUCCCCGAAAUCCGAGAGCGCCAAAAAACCGCGAAAAUCAUCGAGUCCCCCGCUAGACGAUUAUUUGAAAGAAAUGGCAGUUCGCCAAAAUCACGAACAGCGCGCCAUCCACCUUCGCCAACGUAGAAAUCUGGAAAUCGCCGGUGCCGACGGUGUCUAUCAGCGAAUAAUCGAUGAGCUUCCACUUCCACCGACGCUCAAAGACUAUGUUCGAUUGGUGCAACACGAGGUUGUGCUCAAGUAGAGAAAAAAAUACCGAAAUUUCAGUGUUUUUGAGAAAUUUUGAAAAAAAAAUUGCCUAAUUUUCUGAAUUGUAACUCAUUUUUCUCGAUUUUUCCUGUAUUUUUAAUAUCUAAUUCUGGUUUUUUUGCACUUUGCCAAUUUUUUGUUGUUGAAUUUUUUCUGAAAAAUCUGAAAUUUUUGGCUGAAAAGCUGAAAAAGAAGCUUUUUUUUAUGUCUAGCAUUUCGUUUAAAAAUGAGAAAUAAUUAUUAUUUGACUGGAAAAAAGUGAUUGUUUUAAUUUGUGGAAAAAUAAAAUUAAAUUUAAAAAAAGAAAACGAGAAAAGCAG